AUGCAUCUUGAUAAUCAACCAAAUCUUUCGAAAACAGAACAAUUUAAUAUGAUAGCUAAUCAUAUUCAUAUACCAUCUGAUCGUUUAAAACUUAUUAAUAAAGGCAAACGAUAUACAAAAGAGAAUUGGCAAGAUUUAUCUCUUAUAUCAAAUAUGACUUUUUUAAGUAUUGGAGAACAGAAUGAAGAUGAAACAGAUAUAAAUACAAAAGAUAUUGAAUGUAUUAUGCAACAAAUGAAAGUUGAUCGAAAUACAGCUAUUAAAACUUUAAAACAUUGUCCAAAUGUUAUUGAUGCGAUUUUAUAUUUAGGAAAUAAAUAA